AUAAAAUACGUAGAUCUAAAUUUAAUCAUUGAUUCAAAAUUAAUUAAAAUCACAGAAGUGUAAAGUUUGUUUAAACCAAAUAUACCUAUAUUUUAUUUGCUAGAGCGACAUGGUGCUGACUGUACACACCGGUCUUCAAUUCCUCAUAGCAAUUUGCACAAUAAAUGGCCUUAACUCCCAUCCAACAAGAAACAUCAACAACGAUCGUCCCUUAGGGGUCCUAUCAGAGCUCAUGGGCAACAAUGGCAAGAAACCUUUGAUUGUGGUGAUAGACACUAACCGUAGUCCAAGGGAUAUAGAAGAGGUGUUUCAACAAGCGUCAGCAGCUCGCGAAGACCACAAUGAUGACAAUCGGCACAAUAAGAAGAACCGUCACAAUAGCAAACGCAAUUUGGAUAAUGAUUCUAAUAACAAUGUAAAUAGUUUGAAUGGCUUAUCAAAAGAUGCCUAUGAAGUUGUCAUGUAUGAUAUUCUGAAGGCCAGUCGCCUCCUUUUAGAUAAGCAUCAACAACAAGAAACUAAUCGUAUGUACACAGCUGAACAAUGCUCAGAUUCCAAAGAUAAAAGCAGUUGCGGGGGAAGUGACAGUAACCAGUGUUAAUAAUCCAAAUCAUAUUGUUUGUUCACCGAUUGGGGCAAUUUUUUAGGCAAUAUCUAUCGUGGGACAUACCCACUAAAUCAAUAGAAAACAUAAUAGUAUGGCAAUAGGCUCACCCUUACAUGAGACUUAUAACACAAAUGAUGAUAAUUGGGUGUAUAUUGUACAGUGGCAUUACAUGUCUUAAUGUGCACCUCUGCCUACUCCUUCGGGGAUAAAAAGGCGUGACAAUAAUACUGGCAGCGCUUGCUGCUCGUGAAUAAGAGUCCCGGUGUGACUUGUAACUAGUUGAGCUUCUCUCGAAUAGUUCAAAAUUUGUGCUAGUGAGGCUUACGGUUUUUCCAUCCUUAUCAUCAACACUUUUUCAAGUUUUGUUACGGAGUAUACCUUAAGCGAUUUUAGCGCCUAUAGCAGCUCUAAAACAAUCAUUCUCAUGUCUGGUUAACUAUUUAUAUUGUACUCAUAUAUCAAUAAAAUUUUACUCAACUGAAGAAA